UGAUGCAGGGCAGCAUGUUUAAUACCUGGAAGCCGAUGUGGGUCGUGCUUUUAGAAGAUGGAAUUGAAUUCUACAAGCGGAAGGCUGACAACAGCCCCAAAGGGAUGAUCCCACUAAAAGGAAGCUCUAUUAACAGCCCAUGCCAAGAUUUUGGCAAAAGAAUGUUUGUCUUCAAGCUCACUGCAGCCAAGCAACAGGACCACUUUUUUCAAGCUGCCUACCUGGAGGAGAGAGAUGCAUGGGUACGGGAUAUCAAGAAAGCAAUUCAUUGCAUAGAUGGAGGCCAAAGGUUUGCCAGAAAAUCCACAAGGAAGUCUAUCAGACUGCCUGAAACGAUCAACCUGAGUGCUUUGUACCUCUCAAUGAAAGAUCCUGAAAAGGGAAUAAAGGAGUUGAAGCUAGAAAAAGAUAAAAGAGUGUUCAAUCACUGCUUUACAGGCACCUCUGUGAUUGACUGGCUGGUGUCUAGCAACUCCAUCCGAAAUCGCAAAGAAGGUCUCAUGCUUGCCUCUUCCCUCUUGAGUGAAGGCUACCUACAGCCUGCAGGGGAUACGUCCAAGGCUGCUGCUGAGGGACUGUCAGACACCCUCUUCUUAGAUCUCAGCGAUGCCUACUAUUACUUUCCAGACAGUGGGUUUUUCUGCGAGGGAUAUUCUAGUGAUGAUGAUGUGGUCCUGAAAGAAGAAUUCAGAGGCAUAAUAGUCAAACAAGGCUGUUUGCUGAAACAGGGACAUCGGAGGAAGAACUGGAAAGUGAGAAAGUUUGUUUUAAGAGAUGACCCUGCAUAUCUUCACUACUAUGAUCCUGCUGGAGGAGAAGAACCACUAGGAGCAAUUAGCUUGAGAGGCUGCGUGGUGACAGCAGUGGAAGAUAUGCCAGACUCCAAGAAGUAUGAUGUUGACAACAUCCUCUUUGAAAUCAUCACAGCAAGUGAAAUCCACUAUUACUUGCAAGCAGCCUCAUCUGCAGAGCGUACAGAGUGGAUCAAAGCAAUUCAGGCAGUUUCUAGGACUGGAAAAUGAAGAUGAUCUGCCAGCGAGAAGACAGACAACUGAAAAUUGUUACUCAAAAUGAAACAGGAAUUUUAGCAUUUCACCGAGACAAAACAGUAUCAUCCAGAAAGGUGUCCUAAGGCU